UGGAUCUCUCGCGUGAAAAUUAUGAGGGGACGGUCGGCUUUACCUACUGAUGGGGAGUUAAAUAAGUAUAGGGGAUGCAAUAGGUUACGUUACGUUUGUAAUCGAAAAUCAAUACUGCAUCGGCCACAUGUAUUUUAAGAGCAGUUGAGGUCAAGCUCGUCGCUUUGAAAGUCGAUUGGGGCAGGAAUGGGAAGUAGGUAUACUACGUAUAACAACGAAUGAAUGCUGGCGUCGCAAGCGUCGCGUUCAGUUGAGUUGGCGGCAUCCGAUGUGCAUUCAGCGUUUCCCCGCCAAGAGACGGUGCGUCGAAAGCCGAAAGAAUGACAAACAAGAGAUUUAGGUGUUCUGUGUUGCGAUAGUGUAAGUUCCUGAGCGUCGAUUGCUAUCAACAGGUACAAUACCUAGUGAGUUGAUAGCAUGUGUAUGUCGAUCAGUUCCCAAGUUUCGAUUUUACCGUUGGAUAAGUAGAAUAGGAUUUACAAUAGUUAGUAGAUGGUUGCCUCGUUACUUAUGGCAAAAGGUCGCCUCUUUCUGCAUAGUUAUAGCGGUUGAGUUGUUGCUAUGUAGAAUGUUCCAUGAUUGAGCGCUCCGAUAACACCAUGCCCCAAGGUUCUCCUUCACCAGCGGACGUGAUCCGGCUGGAACCGAUGGGAAGGUUCAAGCAAACCCAAAACGGCAAUGUAAGGCUCCAAGGUGGGUUCCGAUUCCAGUUCUUUCGGCCGCUCCACAACCGCCUCGCAACCCAAAUUUCGAACUGACCUCCACUCUUCAUCCCGCUUGACAUGACAUGUCUCAUAGAAUAGUCUGUAACGUCAAAUGUCUAGCUAGACUCUAUAGAGCACAGAGUUUUUAGUGUUGUAAGUUUUGUUGGUCUACUACUCGGUGCCAGUCAGUUUCACUGCACGACACUAUUCUUACUCUCUCUCUAUGAGAAUUUAUCGAUUGCAUGCCUGAUAUACAAUGUAGUAGUUUGGAUUUGGAAAUCAAAGGCACGUCGAAUCCAGCACGUGGUUGCAUGCGCGAAAUGCUACCGUCGAGGCAUUUUGCCAAAACAUCAAAACAUUGCCGCCCUUCGUGCCGGCACAUGCGUGUAGCUCCUGUAAAAACGACGCAGGUUUCCGGGUUCCGGAGGGUCUGGUGCGGUGCUAAAGUACAGCUUCGUAACGCGUCUCUCUCAUGUCGUUCUUAUAAUUACAUCAGUUUACAAAAACCAACUAUAUCACGUAAAGUACAACAAUAAGCAUCAAAACGCCGUAAACUUAGUCAAGUAAAUCGAUAUACAAACAAGUCUAAAAUCAAACCCAUGAUAUCAACACGAGUUAUGUCGCAUUAUACUUUCUGACCAAAACGAGGUGUUCAACAUAAAUAUAAUGUAGUAAUAAUUGUCUUUCUUCCUCAAGUGCUUAGUUAUUUGAGUCCAAAUCUUAAUCCAUCCAUCAAAGUAGUGUAAUAGUUAAGAGUUACUGUGGAGGGUAGGAAUCGAGAGCCCCUGGUUAAGGUUUCAGUUGUUACUGGAGACCACAGCAUCGAGGCAGUUGUCUGGAGACGCGGAGAGAGAGUGAUGAGCGAACAGGAUGUUGACGAUGUUGCGUUUCUUACAGGAACAGAAAGUCCUGCUGGUGCAACUAAGAAAAGUUUAUACGAAAAUAAUGGAGUGGCUGCGUGCUCCCAUAACAGAGCUCUUUGUAUCGCAACAGUCGUCUUCGCGUUACUCUUCACUAUUGCCGUCAUUAUCGCAUUCACAGGGCCACAAAGUGACUGCACUUGUGCCGGCGAAAAACCUCCAAAUUUCGUCGACGAGCACUGGAACGUGACCAAGGCUUUCAUUCCUCGUGCGACUAAUGGCCAGAUCUUCCCCUGGAACAACAUCCGUCUUCCUACUUUCGUAAGACCCACGCGUUACAACAUCACGAUUCAUCCGAAUCUCACCACACUCGAAGUCAAAGGUCAAGUUUCCAUUGAAUUCCACGUAGAAAAAGACACUCAUUUUAUAGUAUUGCAUAGUAAGAAUUUAAGCAUAACUGAUAAGAUGGUCCAAGAUAGAAAAGGCCAUCAUAUGAGAAUCACGAAAAUGUUGGAAUAUACAGGAGCCCAACAGCUCUAUAUCGAAAUGAAAGAAAAGUUUCGGAAGAAACACAACUAUACGCUAAUGAUUAGGUUUACUUCUAAGUUAGGUAGAGAAUUUGAAGGGUUUUAUAUAUCUAGUUAUAUCAACAGAGAUGGAGAAAAAAGAUAUUUGGCUACAACACAUUUCGAACCAACUUAUGCUCGAGCUGCCUUCCCAUGUUUUGAUGAGCCAAAUUUUAAAGCGAAAUUCAAAAUGUCUAUUUUUAGAGAUAGAUUUCAUAUAGCUCUAUUUAAUAUGCCUGUUAUAAAUACAGAAGACGUCGGUUUCUACAUGGGAACCGGACUUCUUAGAGACGAUUUCCAAGAAUCUGUCGAAAUGAGUACUUACUUGGUCGCCUUUAUUAUAUGUGAUUACACUCACCUCAGCCGACAAACCCAAAGAGGUGUUUCCGUAUCUGUCUAUACACCCUCUCCUUACAUUUCCCAGGCAUCUUUUGCCUUGAACACUACGACCCACAUACUGGAGUACUUUGAAGACUUUUUCGGAGUUUCAUAUCCGUUGCCAAAACAAGAUUUGGCGGCAAUCCCAGAUUUUGCAACGGGAGCCAUGGAAAAUUGGGGAUUGAUCACCUACAGAGAAACUGCCAUUUUAUAUGACCCCAUCGAGACUUCCACAACGGCACAUCAGUACGUGGCCAUAGUGAUCGCCCAUGAACUGGCCCAUCAAUGGUUCGGUAACCUAGUUACCAUGAAAUGGUGGAACGAUUUGUGGCUAAACGAAGGGUUUGCCAGUUAUUUGGAAUACUUAGGUGUUGACAAUUUGUUCCCCGAAUGGAAAAUGAUGGAACAGUUUAUCUUAGAUAAAACUCAGCCUGCUCUUGCCUUAGACGCCCUUUCUAGUAGUCAUCCCAUUUCUGUAGCUGUUCACGACCCCGCGGAGAUCGAAGCUAUUUUUGAUACCAUCUCUUAUAGCAAAGGUGCCGCAAUUUUAUACAUGUUGAGCAAAUUUCUUCAACAAGAAACUUUACAAAAUGGCCUUAAUGAUUAUCUAAACACCUACAAAUACAGUAACGCUGACACUAAGGAUCUUUGGAACGUUUUUAGUAGAAAUACGAAUCAGUCGUUGGAAGUUAAGGUGAUUAUGGAUACGUGGACCCAACAAAUGGGUUUUCCGUUAAUUACUAUCACCAGAGAAGAGAACGAAGUUAUCGUGACGCAAGAACGAUUUUUGUUGACCGUGGAGAGUAUGAACAGUUCCAUAAGAAGUUUUCCCAAAUCCAAAUACGACUACAAAUGGUACGUUCCUUUAAGCUAUUUCACCAGUAACGACACGCAGACUGUCUAUAACGUAUGGAUGAACAUGACAGAUGUUCGGUUUGAGCUCGAUCCCAAUAUAACCUGGAUAAAAGCAAAUGUAAACCAGUCUGGGUUUUAUCGGGUGAUGUAUGAUGAAGCUAUGUGGAGAUCGCUGGUCAACGUUUUGCGGAACAACCACACGGUGUUUAAUCCCGCUGACAGAGCUAAUUUGAUUGAUGAUGCGUUUACCUUGUGUCGAGCUGGACUUCUGAACGCUAGCAUCCCUCUCGAAUUAUCCCUAUAUCUUUCCAAAGAACGCGAUUACGUUCCUUGGGCUACGGCCAUCGAACACUUCCAAUCCUGGAGUCGCAGACUAUCCGAAUCUCUAGCAUACAAACUAUUUUUGAAAUACAUGAGGAAGUUAUUGACUCCGGUAGCCAAAUACGUCGGUUGGGGCAAUCAAGGUUCGCAUCUAGAUAAAUUAAUGCGUACGGAAAUACUAUCAACGGCUAUUCUGUGCGAACUGAACGAAACGGUCACACAGGCCAAGCAGGAAUUCCAAAAAUGGAUGACUAGCAAUGAAUCGAUCAAUCCCGACUUGAAAGAAGUCGUGUAUUCCGCUGGGAUCAAAUAUGGCGGAAUGACAGAAUGGCAACACUGUUGGAACUUGUACAAUUCCACCACAAUCCCUAGCGAGAGGAAGUUGCUCUUGAAGGCGUUAGGGGUCGCGUCGGACCCUUGGCUCCUUCAAAGAUAUCUCCUGGAAACUUUGGAUCGCAACAUGGUUAAGCCUCAGGAUGUCAAAAUUGUGUUAGCCGUCGUAGCGGCGAAUCCUGAGGGAAGGUUGUUGGCCUGGAGGCAUCUCAAAGCUUACUGGCCAACAAUGCAUUCCUUAUUCGGAAAUGCUACCUUCAUGAUGGGUAGUCUCAUAUCAGCUGUCACUGCUCACUUAUCCACGCCCUACGAUUACUAUGAGGUGUCGACUUAUUUUAAUGGAAUGAACGUGGGUUCAGCGGCGAGAGCGCUGGAACAGAGCCUGGAGACCAUUAAGCUCAAUAUAAACUGGGUGUCGCAGAACGAGGCAGAUAUAUACACUUGGUUGCGUAAUUACGUUAAGUAGAAGCUUGUAGGGUUUAAUUGUGAUGUCUUCAUUAUUUUGAUAUUAUCGUCUUAUGUGAUCUAUUUUUAUGUCUAUUUUUUAUAUGUAUAUAUUAAGCGUGCUAUUUUCUGUAAAAAAAAUGUUUCGUCAAUGUUGAUAUUAAUGUGAAUUGAGAUAUUAUUUUUAUAUAUUAGAUACCUCUAAAAUAU